AAUUACACUUUCUGCACUUCCACUUCUCUCUCGUUUGAACAUGCGAAAACAUUGAGAAAAGUGCUGCAUGUUCUGGAAAGAAGCCUCGUAUAUUAUGAGGCGUAAUCUUCAAAACGGUGAAAUUAUUUUCAAUUGAUUUUUCUUUUUUCAAUCGAAUACAAAGUACAUUGUGAAAACAUACUAUGAAAAAUGAGCGUUACAUUACAUACGGACGUUGGUGACAUCAAAAUAGAAUUAUUUUGCGAAAUGUGCCCGAAAACAUGCGAGAAUUUUCUUGCACUCUGUGCUAGUGGAUAUUAUGACAAUUGCUUGUUCCAUCGAAACAUAAAAGGUUUUAUUGUCCAAACUGGAGAUCCUACUAAUACUGGUAAAGGAGGAACCUCCAUAUGGAAUCGCAAAUUUGAGGAUGAAUUUAAAGAAGAGUUAAAGCAUAAUGCGAGGGGCCUCGUCUCCAUGGCUAACAAUGGUCCUAAUACAAAUGGCAGUCAAUUUUUUAUAACUUAUGCACCACAAUCACACUUAGAUUUAAAAUAUACAUUAUUUGGAAAAGUCAUUGAUGGUUCGGAAACUUUGGAACAAUUGGAAAAAUUACCAGUGAAUCCUAAGAAUUACAAACCGCUUGCAGAAAUCAGGAUAAAUAAUGUAACUAUACAUGCUAACCCAUUAGCAGGAUAAGUUUAAGGGAUAAAAUGAACUUUUUACUAUUCAUCAUAGUAACACAAAUGAUUUAGAGUAAAAAAAAA